CCCAAGACGGCCCCAAGAUGCGCCCAAGAGGGGGUCCGCAACCAUUUUGGCUCAAGGUCCCAGCGCGUUGUUCCGAUAAUCUACCAGUUUCGAGCGAUCCGCGCUCCUUUGACUACAGACUACAGCUGAGUCUACAUGGCCAAGUCAAAGUUCAUGAUUGCGUUUGUGUUCUUGCUCAUGGGUGGUGUCAGCAGCAGCAGUAUCGGCGGCAAGUCUUUGAUACGCAAGGCGGAACGUACUUCGGAGACACGCGUCGAAGUCGACCCUCACGGCGCGAUGAUGGCCGAGGGAAGGGAGAUGGUGCAUGACGACGAAGAGUCCCUUGUGGAUGCGAGCGUGCAUGAAGACUCGAUGGAAGGCGACGAAGAAACAGAAGACGCAUUCGAUGACGAUGCGUCGGACGAUGGUGACGAUCCAGAAGAUGGUCAACCGGAGGAGCAGGAGCUGGACCAGGAGCCAGACCCAGAGGAGCAGGAGGAGUCCGGGGAGAAUGAGACAGCAGGUAGCAUGCUUGACCAGGCGUCCGCCUCCAACAGCUCUGGGCCAGUGAACUGCGUAUGGGGCUCCUGGGGCAGCUGGACGAGCUGCACAUACCCGUACGGGAACCGCCGCCGCAGCUGGCACACGUACACGAAGGAUGACCCAUACUGGAGCCACUGGUCGCGCCGCCGCGGAUGGCAUUACUAUCAGCUGGCAAAGUGCCAGGGGACACGGGUCAGGACGCGCACCCAAACCACUGAGGCUUCGAACGGAGGCAAGUGCGACGGCGAGUUUUUAGGCAUGGGCACCUGCACGCAGGCUCGCCGUCGCCGCCUCGGCUGCCCUCAGACGCGUCGCCGUCGCCGCGAUCUCGACUGAGACUUCGGAACAUGGGUCCGACAGCUGUUCUUCUUGGCAUCGCGCAGUUCUGAGUAGUAUAUAUUCUGGAUGGAUGCUCGAGUGGUUCCCGUGUCGCACGGUCAAAGAACUUUUCGCGUCUCUGUAUGUUCCCCUUCUUCUGGACGACCCUCCUUUCCUCCUUGGCCUGAGAACCCUGCGCGGGGGCUGCAAUUCGUUUACUGACUGGCCUGUCCCGCUGGAUAGUUCUAGGCCCAGCUCUCUUGCCACAUAGAAGAUUGAGCCGAGAAGGAUUCGCAGGAGACGAGGAGGAGGAAGCAGUGCCUCUCCAGUGGCAGCAGCGCCGAGCACGCCAUGAACUAGGAGGACCACACAGCAGACCCUCGGGCACGCCAUGAGCGCUGUCAUCUCUCAAAGGGGACGCCAACGGUCCAGACCCUCCUCCUCCUCCUCCUCCUCUUCCUCCUCCUCCUCCUGCGGAGUGUCAGGCAGAAGAUGCUGCAGGUGGUUGCCGCUGCCUUCCGUGCUCGGUGCGACCCUCGAGGUCGCCCGUGUGCGAGGGCGGCCGGCACACUGCGACCUUGUUGUCAGCAGUAGCGUCAGCCUUGGUUCCCUCCUCCGCUUCUCCUGCUAAUGGUCACUCCCUCCGCGUCUCGGCACGUCACGAUCGCAGCGCAGAUGUAGUCGAUCGUUUGAAUUAUGCCUGCUGCUAUCUAUUCUAGGUAAGAAUCGCCACGAUCAACUUUUCGAGCUAUCGCGUCCACGGAGGGGGAACCCGCGCGGGAGCUGGCGGGGAGGCAAGG